AUGGUGAUAUACGGUGUGUAUAUAGUUUCAAAAAGUGGAGGACUCAUAUUUAAUCAUGAUCAUAAUAUUGUUAAAACAGAACAUUUAAAAACAUUUAAAUAUCCCUUAGAUUUAAAAUUGGAAUUUGAAAAUAAAAAAAUUGUUGUUAAUUUUGGGAGUAAAGAUGGUAUUCAAGUCGGUCAUGUGUUGUUAGCUGUCGACAAAAUACCAGUAAGUGGUCGUCAACUCUCAGAUGGCAGAGACGUUUGGGAAAUUUUGGAAGAUCCUAAAAAUUUUCCAUUAUCAUUAACAUUUGGGAGACCUAAAAUGACUACAAAUGAAAAGAUAUUUUUAGCUAGUAUGUUUUAUCCACUUUUCGCCAUCGCUAGUCAAUUGAGUCCAGAACCGAGAAGUUCAGGAAUAAAAGUCCUUGAAGCAGACACAUUUAAACUACAUUGUUUUCAAACUCUUACCGGAGUUAAAUUUAUUACAAUAUCAGAACCGCAUCAAACAGGAAUGGAGCCUUUGUUGAAAAAAAUCUAUGAACUUUAUGCUGAUUAUGCUUUAAAAAAUCCAUUUUAUUCAUUAGAAAUGCCAAUCAGAUGUGAAUUAUUCGAAUCAAAUUUACAAAACUUAUUAGAACAAGUUGAAAAAACUGGUAUCAGUAAUGUGUGA